GCCCAUAAAUAAAAUAUUAAUUUCCCAACGCUUCGUUUUCGUAUUCAAAUUUCUGAAUGCUUGCAAAACAGAGAGAGGGGAGAGAGAACUGCCAAGAAAAAACAGCACCUGAAAAUUUCCGCUACCAAAAAACUCCGCUCCUCCCUCUCUCUCUCCUCGCAGCUGCCUCUGUGUUUGCUGAGCUGCAGAGACAACCAUGGAAGUUACAUUGGAGUCGAGGGCGCGAGAACGGAGCUUCGGGAAGGUGGUGAACGCGAACGACAGAGACGAAGAGCUCGCUUUGUUUCUCGAGAUGCGGAGGCGCGACAAGGAGAAAAGUACCGGCUUUCUUCUUCUUCCUCCAAGCAAGAACGUCGAUGAGCUCGACGCUAUUGCCGCAGCUGCUCCUCCAGAAUCUGAUAACCGCGGAGGCGCGGCGGUUUCUAGGACUGUUGGGGCGCCGCCGCGGAAGAGCCGGGUGGAUGAGUUUUUGAAUUCGGAGAAUGAGAAGUCUGAUUACGAUUGGCUUCUUACUCCACCGGCUACUCCACUUUUUCCGUCCUUGGAUAUGGAAGUGCAGAAAACAAGAACGAAUCAGACUGAGGUUACUAAUGACCGUGUAUCCGCUCCAAAAUCUCGGCUAGCAAACAACCAGAUAGAAUCUGCUUCAAGGAACAAUAUAACAUCUAAGCAGCCAACAUUGCCGUCUGGACCGAACUCUUCCAGUACUGGUAACAGAAGGCCCUCAACACCCAGAGGGUCAGGAGCUGCUAGUCGUAGGUCUACAACUCCAACUGGACGGUCCACAAUACCAACUGGGCGGUCCACAUUACCUUCAUCAACCAAACCCUCACGAUCCUCCACCCCAAAUUCACGAGCCACCUCAUCAUCCGCAAAGCUUGCGGCUCCUCCAGUGAGAUCUUCAACUCCUUCUCGGUCCACCCCUCGCUCUUCUACACCAACUAGCAGACCUUCUGCACCAACUUCCAAGUCAACAUCAAGAUCAGCAACACCAACCCGUCAACUAAGUUCAUCAAGUGCAUCUGCCAUAUCUGCCCCUCCUGGUCGAUCUUCUUCAGCAUCAAAGUUACGUCCCACAAGUUCAAAAACUCCUGUUUCAUCAUGUGGAAGUUCUCCAACAGUAAAACCAAGGCCCUCAAAAUCCUCUAAGAUUCCUGGGUUUUCACAUGAUGCUCCGCCAAAUUUAAGAACAUCAUUGCCACAAAGGCCGGCUUCAGCCUCUAGGGAUAGGCCUGGAGCGCCAAGUGUUAAAACAUCUUCUGUUGUGGCUGGUUGCAACGGAAAACCAAGACAGCAAUCGUGUUCACCUUCUAGAGCACGGGCUUCAAAUCUUAGUACCGCCACCAGUGGGAACUCUCAUCGAGUCAUAAGCAGAGCAUCUGCCCAUGACAAUGAUGAUGUGAACCCUGUACUUAUGGGAACACAAAUGGUUGAGAGAGUAGUAAACUCGAGGAGAUUGGCACCACCUAAGCAAUAUGACCAUUACAAUACUCUUAAGGGUUCUGCUGGGAAGCCUUCAUCCUCUGAAAGCUCAGGCUUUGGAAGAAAUCUUUCUAAAAAGUCCUUUGAUAUGGCUAUGAGGCACAUGGAUAUAAAGCGAAGCAUGGCAGGCAAUCUACGGCCAGUUCUGACAAAUGUUCCAGCCUCCUGUGGGUAUAGCGUCAGAACGAAACCAACAAAAAGCAAUACAAUUGGUGCUAUGGACUCUCCUCUUGCUACAUGCAGCAAUGCUAGCUCCGAACCAAGUGUCAACAACAUUCCUGUUAGUUUAGAGGGGUGUGAAGUUGAAGAUAUUGAUCUUGGAAGUGAGAGAGGAAAUUCCUCUCCUGCAAGCCAUCGAGGUAGGUGACCACCCCAUGUGACCAUCAACCCCGGAUUAUUGGUUUUGCAUCCAUCCUCGUCAUUCUCUCAACACUAUUAUUUGACAUGGGGUUGGCCUACUCAGCGUGAUAAUUAAGCGACAACUCAGUCCUGAAGGAGCUGAUGGUAGAAGGCACGAUAAUACUGUAAAUGUUAGAGAAAGCUUGUGAGUGCAUGUCUGUUCUGAAUAUCGGUCCUCACAUUGCUGGCGGAACAAAUAUCAGGUGCAUCCAAUGAACCAUAUUCUCUGUAGACUUGAUUGUUUGUAUUAUAUUUUGAUGAUUGGAAGCUGAAGACCUCCUUCGGCAUUUACAUUUUUCUGUUCACUUCAAACUACGAAACUUGAAAUUAUUAAGGUUUCAUUCUUCA